AUGCCAUCCACUUCCAAAUUGAUCAUUCUGGCUAUCGUCGCGUUGAUUGGCGUCGUAACAAGUCAAGAACAACAGGCGUGUGCCGUCAAUCAACUCUUCAACGGACAGAUUUGCACGUGCGCUCCAGGGUACUUCUCUUCGGCCAACGAUGACUCAAAGGCACGUUGCGAUGAUGAGUGUGAAGAGGUCUAUUUCUCCGUUUUCACCACCGGAAAGUGUGUGGACAACAUCUUUGGCAAAGUGCCAAAGGAUCAACAACCGGCGUGUAAUUUGAGAUGUGGAAUCAGAAUCCGUCUCUGGGCCACCAUCGCCGCUUUCGUCGUCAUCGCCGCUGCUCUCGUCUCUCUUGUCUUGGCUCUUCCAAUGUGCAUCGCCUCGUGCUCCGCCUGUUUGAAUGCCAAGAAGGCUAACAAGAACGCCAAACGAGUUGCCCUUGAAGCCCAAAACGCUCCAUCAAAGGACCAACAAGUCGCCACAAUGGGAUACAAUCCAUACGCCUACUGGCCAUACUACGGACGUGCUUAA